AUGCAACACAUCAAGCUCUUAGCCCUCGCAUUGGCACUCGCACCCAGCAGCGCUCUGGCAAGUUUCUUCGAUGGAGAAGAUGGGUGCCUUGUGGAAAUCACGGAGAAAACCAAGUUCCUCGGCUUCACCACAGGAGGAGGCAAAUCGCUCGGUAACGAUUGUCUUCCAUUCGGCAGUCAACGCCCAAUCAGUGUCACAGGUACAGACGGCAAGACGAUUAACUUGAACGUCAGCGGAAGCAAGAAAUGCAAGACCAAGGUGGAGCUCGGGCCCCCGCUGCCAGAUAAUGCCGUGAUAUCGGCGUUUUCGGCGGUUUGUUAG